AUGAAAUUUGCCAAAGAGCUAGAACAGGAGCUUGUUCCUGAAUGGCGGGCAAAGUAUCUCGACUACAAGACCGGCAAGAAGAAAGUCAAAGCGAUCACUCGCGCCCUUCAGAAGGCACAUCGCAGUCCUCGCGUACCCUCCUACCCACAGUCCACCCCGCAGGCUCGCGGCGCAGCACAAUUUCCCUUCACGCCAUCAAAUACCGAUAAAGCGCUGGAUGCGACAGAGGCACAUGGCUCAUCGACCCCGCGAGGUGGUACGAAGUCGCCGUCAGUGACACGGUCUACGCCGAUUCCCCGAAGCGAACGACAGCCACUCCGCACGCCAGGAUCACGAUUCUCGGAACACGUUGGUAGCUAUGGGAGUAUACUCGCCACACCACCGCAUCAGGGAGCAGCAUCCGAUACAGCCUCGUUUGAGCUGCCAGACCCAGCGCUCGAUCCCGAUGAGGAAUAUAUGCCACCUGAAGAAAAUGGAGACAGACCCAGGACUGUCAAGACGCCAUCGCCGGUAAUGGACCGACAUGCCACUUUUGGCACUUCGCCUUCACAGCCUAUGCCAGAGAGUCCCCAGGUAGAGCGGAGGCCCGAGUCGGAGCACCGGCCGAGUUAUCAAAGCCCCUUGAGUGGCGCCUUGACGAGAGUGGCGUCGACCAAGCGAGGAUCUCAUCUCCUGCGACGAGUAUUUUCCAGCACGGAGGUCGAGACUGGUGGGAAGCGAUCACAGCCAGAUGGCUCAGAGCUCGACAAGCGGCAAGAUGAAUUCUUCGAGUUUCUGGAUAGCGAGUUGACCAAGAUCGAUUCGUUCUAUCUGAUGAAGGAGCAGGAAGCCACAGAAAAGCUUCGCAUUCUUCGUCAGCAGCUGCAUAUCAUGCGCGAUCAGCGUAUACAAGAGGUCCUUGUAGCUAAGAGAGCAGCCAAGGGCGGCGGCCCAGAGGCCCAGCAACGGCCGAACGGGUUCGUGAAACUCAACGGUCACCGACUGAAGGACACGUUUGUUGGAAAGAGUCGCUUUGGUAAGAACUCGGAGGCACUGGCUGAGAUGGCUACCCCUGGCAUGCACGCCCAGGACCGGGAAUUCAUUUCCAACCGGAGGGAUUUCAUGCGAAGACAGGACUCGCCUAGCCAGGAAGUGCCAUAUCGCUCUGCGAAGCGCAAGCUCAAGCAUGCGUUGCAAGAGUUCUAUCGUGGGGUUGAACUCUUGAAGGGGUACGCGUAUUUGAACCGGACGGCUUUCCGGAAGAUUAACAAAAAGUACGACAAAGCGGUCAACGCCCGCCCACCCUUGCGUUACAUGUCCGACAAGGUCAAUAAGGCGGCUUUUGUGCAGAGUGAUGUGAUUGAGAGCUUGAUGGUCGCCGUUGAGGAUUUAUAUGCCCGUUACUUCGAGCGUGGCAAUCACAAAAUUGCUGUCUCGAAGCUUCGUCACACUAUCAAGAAAUCGGGCGAUUAUUCCCCGAACACUUUCCGUUCUGGUCUUUUGUUGAUGGGAGGAACUCUCUUUUCUAUCAAAGGCCUGGUGGAUGCUACACAAAAACUUCGGACAGCAGAGCUCGACAAGCAGGUUCAGACCAGCUAUUUGCUGCAGGUUGGUGUUUUCCUAUACAUCGUGUAA